AUGUUUUUGAUUUGGAGUCUUCUAGUCACAGCCGCUUUGGCGAGUGCAGGUGAUUUGUUUGGAACGUGGACUACCAAAUCUCGUGAUGUUCUUACUGGUCCAGGAUUCUACGAUCCACUCAACGACAAACUGAUCGAGCCGAAUCUAACGGGCAUUUCAUACUCAUUCGACGAUGAAGGAAAUUACGAAUCCGCAUACUAUCGCGCAAUCUCAAACCCGGCCGACCCAUCAUGCCCGGGGGGAGUUAUGCAAUGGCAACAUGGUGCUUAUACUGUGUUCGGCAACGGAACGCUGAUAUUGACACCAAUUGCUGUCGAUGGUCGUCAGCUACUGUCCAAUCCCUGCCAGAAGCAGGCAGGCCACUACACACGAUAUAACAUCACUGAGGAGUUUCAGGUACAUUUCUUUCGUGCUCUCUCGGACGGCUCAUCUGACACAAGACAGGAAUUCUCCGUGGAUAUCGACAAGUUCAAUCGCAUUAAACGCCUCGAUUUGACCAGAAUGGACGGCUCACUUGUCCAUCCCAUGUUCCUCGCCUACCAGCCACCAAAGAUGCUCCCUACCACGACAUUGAACCCCAUACCAACCGGACAUAAGCAAAAGCGAGAACUCUCGUCAAAGGCAGGAUUUCAGCUGAUCGCUAGAGAACAGCUGAUCAAUCCAGACCGAUGGUGGUGGUUGGGUGUUCUGAUGACAUCUCUUGGAGGAGUAGCUUUCUUCUGCUCAUGA